UCAUAUGCAGGCAUGUAUAUGACCAAAUGUUUUCUGUUCAAUACGGAUAUAAUCGAUAAUGGAUUAUGUAUCUGCAAUGUAAUAUGAGAACGUUUUUUAUUUGAAUGCGAAAUAUACCACGUUGUAGACGCAUGCGUCACAAGUAUUAUAUCGAAUUGCAAUGUGUAUUCUACGACGAUGUCAGAAUGGUGCAUAAAGGUGAGGUUACGAGUUCGAACCUUGCUGUAGGAAGUUUAGAUCAAAUAUUUUUUUUCCGCAAGAAGAUAUUAUUUUUCAUGUAGAAAUAAAAUUUUUAAUAAAUUUGGUAAUAAUGAACAAAGAAACUGAAAAGUCUAAAGAUAUUUCUUCUGACAAUGUGGACUUAUCUAAUAAGUCGAAAAUGUCAUUACCUGGAAAUACUAAAAUGCUUAUUCUUUCUCCUAAAAUGUUACAAAAAAUUGGAAUUAAUGAUACUAUAAUAAAAGAGGGAAGUAUUACAUCUGCUGUCGGGCUUGUAAGAAAAGAUGAUACACUGAAAAAUAUUAUGUCCAAAGAGCAUGAGGAUUAUAAGGAUUCCAAGUUAUUUGAUAAUUCCAUAAACUCAGAACAUAUUAUAAAACCAAUAGAUGUUAAAGAUAAUGAUUUCCACAGAAAUGCAACAAAAGUGCCUAGAAUUAAUAGAGAUAAUGAAAAAUUAAUGUCUAAAGUAAAUUAUAUGAAACCGAUGAAAAGUAACUUUCAUGUUAUAGAAAAGGAGGAAGAUAAUAAUAAAAUAGUUAACAUAGAAGAUAUUCAAACUACCUCCAGUGAUAUACCAAAGCCUCGAGAAGUAUGCAUAAGAACUGAUCAAUGUAGCAAUGGAAAAAGUUUGAAUGAGAAUGUAGAGUGUCAAGGGGACAUAGACAGUAAAUACAAAAUUAAUGAAAAUUUACUUGGUAGAUCUAAACGAGUUCGUAAGUUAACUAAAUUUGAUGAUUAUAUUACUUCUUACAAACAAGAGAUUGCCAAUUUAGAUCAAAAGAAAAAGAGUACACCCAGUAAAGAGAAAAAACAGUCAAUAAAUGUUAAUAUUUUGCCAGAUGUAACUGAAGUAAAAAUUACAAUUAAUCCUAAAAGUAAGAAAAAUGAAAAUAUAAAUAAUUCUAUCACACCAGCUUUAACCAGGAAUUCACUGCCUUUAUACUUGAGUAAUGUUCCUGAGCAUCAUCCCAAUAUUAAAAAUAAUACAGAUAAUUCUACAGAGGACUUAAAUGACAAUUGUACGAAAGCUGAAGUUCAAAAAAUGUUUGGAAUGAAUGACAGAGCUAAUAGUGAAGAGCUUGAAGCAUCUAUGAAUACUUCUUUACUUGAGAAUACAAGACAAACUAAUAAAGAAAUAAACUUAAAGCUAGACCAAAUAGAAGAUUUAAGUGAUAAAAGCACAACUUUAUUAAAUUCUGAGAAUGUAAAAGCCAUUGGUAACAAUUCCACUAAGAAUGGACAUAAUCGAAUAACCAAUUCAGUAAUUCCAACAAACCAAAAUUCUAAUAGUCAAACUCCUUUAACUUCGCCAUCAGUAAGAAAAAGAGGAAGGCCAAGAAGAUCUUGUUCAGUACAACAAAUUCCAGGCACCUUGAAUAAUUCAGAAGAAAAUUUGGAAGUACUAAACAAUCUGACCAUUGCGGAAACAGUUGCAUCUAAUAAGAGACAUGAUGAGAAGUCACAUAAUAUUAGUACCAUUAACGACUUAAGUGAUAGUAGUAGUAUCGAAAGUAACACUUCAAAUUUGUCUAUUCAUAGAAAAAGAGGUAGGCCACCAGCUUCUGGUAGGAGUACAGGUAGAGGUAGAGGCAGAGGCAGAGGUAGAGGUAGAGGUAGAGGUAGAGGUAGAGGUAGAGGUAAUGGUAGAGGGAGAGGCAGAGGUAGAGGCAAAAGUAAAGAUACAGACAGAGACUCUUCAUUAGAAGAAUACAUACCAAAAUUAGAGGGACCAAUACCUUCAGACAACUCAAAAUUAGAAUCUUCUGCAGUAUUGGAUACUUCUCAUACAUCUGAAAUGGAUGUAGUAUGUGGUAAAUGUAUGGAAAAAAUGCCAAGAAAACAAUGGGAUUUGCACAGUUUGAUUAAACAUAAUAACAUGUCUUGGAUACAGGGCGAUGAACCUUUGGAUUUCGAUAAUGACAUUAAAUUAUGUAGAAGAGUACUAAUGGUUGCAAUUAAGAAAAAGAAGGGCAAGUUGACUUGUGAGAAAUGUGGUGCUAUUAAGAGAAGCGCAAAUGGUUUCCUAUCUCAUGUACAGUUUUGCGGAAAGUCUGAAGCAGAAAGACAAGCUCUAAUGGUGACAUGCCCUAUUUGUGGUGCUAUUAUGAUGCCAUCUUCUAUGGAGAUACAUGAGCGAACACAUAAGCAGGUAGAACAAAGUAGAAUAAAAGAACUUGAAUUAUUUUCGGCAGAUACUGAAAAAGUGAAACGCAAAGCUGCAGAGAAAGCGGUGUCAAAAAUUUCGGAAUUUACUGAACUUGUUAAAGAUAAUCCACCUACUGAGAAGAAAUUGAAACUCGAAUCUUCGCUUUUGAAACGUUUAAUAAAAACACCUGAACAAAAAAAGUCUGUACCAGGUGUAUGGAAAGGUAUAUGGAAAAAAGAACUAAAUUCACAGGGAACAAUAUCUUGCCAUCAAGUUUGUUGCGAUUUCAAAACUUCAUCAUUCGAUGAUAUGUGUAAACAUUUUUCUACUUGUAAUUUCGUUCCUGAAGAGUCUUAUGUAUGUAAGAUAUGUAAAUUUUCAAGCACUUCUCAUCAAGAAAUAGUAACACAUGUAACAGAAGUGCAUAAGACUGUAGAAGAAGCUGAUAAAUCUUCAGACUUUGAAGAAGAAAGUUAUAAUUUAGAUGAAAGAUUAUCGUACAAGUUCUUGGAACAAACAUAUAAAAUUCACUGGACAGAACCAUACUUUCCAGCUAUACUUUGGACUAUGGAAUUUGAACAAAAAAAUUACGAACUUCAUUUAUAUCAAGAUCAUACUCCUAAUGAAUUUAUACUUUUAAAAAAUGCUGAUGCUACUAAAUAUUUGCCACAAUUAGAAGUGUCCAUGAGAACAAAGACAGAAAGUACAAAAUCUGAUAAAUUGUCUGAUAAAGAAAUUUCAUGGAAACAAUUGAAAAGGUUCGAAGCUGAUUUGGAUGAAGGAGUUGCUACGUUUUUUACGGGUGGCCCAGUUUGGGCAAUAGCAUGGUUACCUAUUCCUUCACCAAUGUACUCUAAAAAAUCAAUCCAAUAUAUUGCUCUCAGUACUCAUCCAUGCAUGGAAAGUGAAUAUGCCGUAGGAAAACCAUAUACUGGAACUAAUAUAAUACAAAUUUGGAAUGUAGGACAUUUAGAUCAUGAAACUCAUAAUAUGACCGUACCUGCUUUAUCAUAUGCUCUUGCACAUAAUGCUGGUACUGUAUGGUGCUUAGAAUGGUGUCCAUCUGGAUGCUAUCAAGAUGAAAAUCUAAACAAUUAUAAGCGAGAAGACAAAACACAAUCUAAUCUUAAGCGAAUGGGUAUGCUUGCAGCAGCGUGUUCAGAUAGUACCGUACGCAUUUAUUCGUUACCCUUUCCAGAGGAACUUAAAUUUAAGAAAACUGAGGAUAACACAUGGCCUAUAUAUCAUACUGAUCCUGUAAUCAUAUUAGUUGUAAAUAUACCAAUGUACGAUAACAAUAAUCAGAAUUGGCAAUGUACCAAGAUAUCAUGGAGCAAAGAACAUGGGCAUAAUACAAUUGCUGCUGGUUUUUCAAAUGGAUAUAUUGCAUUAUGGGAUCUUACAUACAAUUCACCAUUAUCAAUGCAAAAAAGACAGAACACAUACUUUAUAAAUUCAUUUCAACAUUUUUUUGCGCAUGGUAAUGCUGUAAGUAUGCUAGCAUUGGUUCCAUUCAAUGGAACAAGAUUUCUAGCUUCAGGUGGUUUAGAUAGAGUAUAUAAGUUUUGGAAUUUAGAAGAUACAAGUACUCCUCAGAACUCUACACAAAAGGGCAUUAUAGCAGAUGGUGCGUGGUUGACACAUUGGCCAUGUGCUGUCAUUAGUUUUGAUGAUGCACUUGGAUACAAACAUACAAACUCAUAUUUAAUUCCAUUAAGAGACAAGGAAUCCAGGUUUUAUCCUAUUCUAGCAACAAAUUCUCCUACUUAUACUUUAUCAGUUUCUGAUUAUGGUAAUAGUAUUGCACAUGGUACAUUAGCAGGAGAGAUAGUGACACUCUUUCCUCAUCAACUUUUACAUGCUAAAGAUAUUGAUAAGGCAUUGCAAAAGAAAAAGAAGUUAAGUUCGUAUAUCAAAAUUGUGGAUUUCAUAAAAACAGAAAAUGAGGUUAAGGAAAAUAAAAAAAAUUCGAAAGAUUAUCAUUAUAUGCCUGAAAGUUAUAAAGAAUGCGCGGAUUGUUUUGGUGUAAUAUAUUGCGACAAAUUACAAGAUACUGAACGUCGCUCGCCACCGCAGUCGCUAUUCGCAGAAAAAUUAACUGCGAUUCCGGUGGAGCAAUAUCCAUUUAUGUCAGUAAAUAGGAUAUCGUGGAACCCAAACGCAUGGAGUUAUUUGUGGUUAGUAGCUGGGUAUCAAAAUGGUAUGGUAAGACUGUUAAGCUUUCAAUACAUGUCUGCAUUGCGUGAAUUGAAGACAUGGUUACCUCAACAUGCGGAACAAAUGCUAAAAAAAACAAACAAUGAUACAAAAGAAAGUUCUUAGUAUAUAAAAUAAUAAAUAUAAGUUAUGAUUUAUUUAAAAUUAAAUAUAAUAAAAUUAAUGAUGACUGCUUGUUCUCAAUUCGUAAUAAAUUAUUUUUUAUAAUUUUAUAUGCAUUAGGCUAUUUUGUAAAGUUAAAGUACUAAUGAUGAAAUUUCAUUAAAUAUAUAUUUAAGCAGUUUAGAUCAUUUAAACAGAAUAAUAUGUUUUGUAGAAUAUGUAUGCAUUUGUAUAAUUAAGAAUACUUAAAAUACUGUACUAAAACAAUAGUCAUUAUUACAAAUUUAUAUUAAUAAAUAAAAAUUGCGGCAAUUCUGAAUUCAAUACGAAUGCUUAUAAUCUAUUUAUAUUCUAAUGCAAAUAGUUACAACUGCCAUGAAAAUGAAUUCG